GCAUAUCCCAAGCAGGGGGCGGGGCCGAGCUGAGAGGGCUGCUCGCCCAGUCGGUUGCGGAGGCGCUGCGCGUCGUUCGCUGAGGGAUCGAAGCCGCGGAGGAGCCCCGAGGUCCCUCUCGGGGCCCGCUUCCCCCCUCCGUGCACCCCGGCAUGGCGGCUAGUGAUUCUGAGCGAGAGGCAAAUCCUCCAGAGAAAUCCUCUCCUGAGAGAGAGAAGAAAAAGGAACGAUCAGAGGCAUCCAGUUCACCUAGAACUUCAAAACACCAUUAUUCAAGGUCACGUUCCCGAUCAAGAGAAAGAAAACGAAAAUCCGAUAAUGACGGGAAAAAAUACAGAAGCCGGAGCAGAAGCAAAGAGGCACGAAGACAUGGGUCCAAAGAGAGGUCCUCCAAGAAGCACAGACCUGAAGAGCAUAACGACAAAGACCACCCUUCAGAUAAAGGGAGGGAGAGCCUGAACUCUUCGGAGAACGGCGAGGAUCGGCACAAGCGCAAGGAGAGGAAGGCCUCCAGGGGGCGCAGCCAUUCCAGGUCUCGUUCGCGGGAAAGGGAUUUGGCGUGUGAUUCCAGGCGGCACCGUAGUCGAAGCCGCGACAAAAAAAAAUCCCGCUCCCGAAGUCGAGAGAAAAAGCGGCGCGUGAGAUCCAGAUCUCGAUCCAAAUCCAGACACAGGCAUAGGAGUCCCAGUAGAAGCAGAACCAGGAGUCGGAGCAGGGAAAGAAAGAAGAGACCCGAAAAACCACGAAGGUUCAGCAGAAGUCACAGCCGAACUCCGAGCCCCCCGCCUUUCAGGGGGCGAAACACAGCGAUGGAUGCCCAGGAAGCCUUGGCCAGGAGGUUGGAAAGAGCAAAAAAAUUGCAAGAACAGAGAGAGAAAGAACUGGUUGAGAAGCAGAAACAACAGGAAAUAGUUGCCGCGGCAGCUGCCACCGGUGGGUCAGUCAUCAAUGUCGCAGCUCUCCUGGCCUCUGGGACACAGGUCACUCCUCAAAUAGCCAUGGCAGCUCAGAUGGCGGCCCUGCAAGCGAAGGCUCUGGCCGAGACAGGAAUAGCUGUUCCCAGCUACUACAACCCAGCAGCAGUGAACCCCAUGAAGUUCGCCGAGCAAGAAAAGAAGAGGAAAAUGCUGUGGCAGGGCAAAAAAGAAGGGGAUAAAUCACAAUCUGCGGAAAUCUGGGAGAAACUGAAUUUCGGAAAUAAGGACCAAAAUGUCAAGUUUAGGAAGUUGAUGGGUAUUAAGAGCGAGGAGGAAGCCAGCGGCAGCGGUUCGGUGGACGAGGAGAGUUAUAAGACUUUGAAACAGCAAGAAGAAGUCUUCCGCAAUCUGGACGCACAGUACGAAAUGGCCAGGUCACAGACGCACACCCAGAGAGGAAUGGGGUUGGGCUUUACGUCUUCGAUGCGAGGAAUGGACGCCGUUUGAGGCUUUGGACACCUUCGGACAGCUUAAGAGACGCCGACCAAGAUUCUGUGGUUGAGAUGUUGGCUUCCCCGUUCACCGAAAGCUGGCAUCCUAGCUUGCAUGGGUGUUAACAUUGACUUUAAUUUAUUGACAUUACAAUUUUUUUGUAAAUACCAGAUCAGUGAUAACUGGUGUUCCAUGUUGUAAUCAGGUCAUUAUACUCACUUCCAUUAUACGCGCCAGAGCUCCAGAAGGACGCUUCUAACUUCUGUGGUUCUCAGACAGAACAGCCGAGGGUGAACUCGCCACACGGAUAUUUUGUGUCCACCACCGUCUCUCUUGUGUACUUUUUGUACUUUAAACUUGUACAGUUAUUUUAAACUCUUGGAACAUAAAAACACAUUGUGUUGGUGUUAAAAACUAGCAGAUUGGGCCCGUGGGUACAUAAAUGCAGUGCAACAACCUGGUUAAUAAAACAUGUUGCUUUUUUUUCUCAAGUAUUGUAUUUUAAGUUUAGUGGAUAGUGGCCAUUUCAUGAUUAAUUUCACGGAGUAUAGUUUUGAGAUAAAUGCUCAUCCCAAUACAGGAAAGCAGAGGAUAGAAGUUAAGAAGUUAAAUAGAGGAUAAAGAAUACUGCAGGUUUAUUUGUUAGCUAUAUCAAAAUACUACAUCCUAAUUACGCUCCUUGUUCUUAUCCAACAAUUCUUUCCUCCCUGAGUUAAGUAGUUUUGUUCUGUGAAAGCUCUAAUUGAAUACUGUAGAGACAACCCCCUUAAAGAUUAUUGGGUUUUUUUAUAGCAUUGCCGGAUUAGGAAGUAUUUAACAGAAUGUAAAAAGUGAAAUGUAUAAAUUCCCGUGCUAAUUAUAAAUGUUAAAAUGAGAGAUGGCAGCAGAUAUAGAGAAAAGGAUCCCAUAUAUGUGAGAAAAGUCUGUUACAAAUAACCAAAAUUUGAUACUGGUAUCACCGAUGCCCCAGGCUGUAGUUCUCAGCCCCCACUUUUAAUCUGUUAUUAAACAGAUUAAGAUUGAGAGUAAUCCCUCAUACGAAACCUCAAUCUCUUUCCACACCCAACAGAGGCAGGUUGAGGAUAGGGAUGGCGGGCGGAUUAAAAUUCCCAACGUAUUUGAGGAUUGCAAGUGUUCAGAGUCACAGUUUUAUUUGGGAUUUGUGGCCGACAACAAACCAGGAAGUGCUGUG